CCAGCCCGGACAGGCGGCCAGAUCAGCUGUCUGUAGGCGUCCGCUUGGACGGGCUUUGAGAGCGCCCCAAAGGAGGCAGCGGCUGGUCGGGUGUCCAACAGGCUGCAGGCGAGCAGCUGCCAGGGAGUGGUGUAUAUUUGGCUGCAGCAGCAGCACCAGAGGGAGGAAUUGGCGGUGGCGGCCCUCCUGCAUUGGUCUGUCUUGGCCCUGAGCAGCUGAGCCUAGGGGGCUUUAGUCAUGAUCACCCUCCACUUGUGGGAUCACCUGCGAGCCGGCAGCUCCGAGGUGGACUGGUGCGAGGAUAACUACACCAUCGUGCCCACCAUUGCCGAGUUCUACAACACGAUAAGCAACAUCUUAUUUUUUGUUUUGCCACCUAUAUGUAUGUGCUUGUUCCGACAAUAUGCAUCCUGCUUCAACAAUGGAAUAUAUUUAAUAUGGACCCUGCUAGUGGUGGUUGGAAUUGGAUCAGUCUACUUCCAUGCUACGCUCAGUUUCCUGGGUCAGAUGCUUGAUGAACUUGCUAUACUUUGGGUUUUGAUGUGCGCUCUGGCCAUGUGGUUUCCCAGAAGAUACCUACCCAAAAUAUUUAAAAAAGACAGAGGCCGAUUUAAAGCAGCAGUGGGGAUCCUUUCUGGUGUAACGACUUGCCUUGCCUUCAUUAAGCCGGCCAUCAAUAACAUCUCGCUGAUGACAAUGGCUAUUCCCUGUACCGUGCUACUAAUUGCAGAGCUUAGAAGGUGUGAUAACUUGCGAGUGUUAAAGCUGGGACUCUUUUCUGGUCUUUGGUGGACGCUGGCAUUUUCCUGCUGGAUCAGUGACAAAGUAUUUUGUGAGAUCUGGUCAUCAUUCAACUUCCCCUAUUUGCACUGUGUCUGGCACAUCCUCAUCUGUCUUGCCGCUUACCUGGGCUGUGUCUUAUUUGCCUAUUUUGACGCCGUCUCAGAGAUCCCCGAACAAGGCCCUGUCAUUAAAUUCUGGCCCAGUGAGAGGUGGGCAUUCAUCGGGGUUCCUUAUGUCACGCUCCUUUGUGCUCACAAGAAAUCACCGCUGAAGAUCACAUGAAGUUUCAUACUUGGAGAUGAGGCCAUGGAACUAUUUAUUACUACUCUCUUCCUCUCAAAACUCUGCGAUUCUGUUCAGGGGAAACCACAAGGACUGUUCUCCGUUUCUGACAUAAUCACAUGCCGCGUGCAGACAUUUUUGGAGCAGGCAGCAAGAUCUCUUUGUUGUGGAACCGGGGAACCAAAAUCUCCCUUUUGUUUGGGUGGCUUUGGAGCUUUUGUAUUUAAAAUCUGCAUUAGUCCUAGGUUUUUUUUGUCUGGCCCUUCUUAAAUUUCUGACAUGGAAUUCUCUGGAUGUAGUACACAGAAGUAGGCAUUAUAAGAAAAGUGUGGUUGCAGCCAAAACCAGCAGCCUUAUGUCAUCUCCUCCUCUCUUGACAGGACAUUACAGAAUACUUGACGUCACGUCGCAUCAUGAGGUCCGAUUUCCCUAUCCCUUCCCCAAUUAUUUUCAUUGGCUGCUACUUGCAACAGGGCAGCUUAAAAUAUACUCAUGUCAUGUCACACAUUUCGUUUUCUUUCCUCCAGUGGCAUUUAGAGGAGGGGACAUAGGGCUGCUGUUUUGUGUAGCAGAUCUGAGAAGUCUUAACUGUGUUUCUUAGAGACUUCAAGGGUAAAUUUAUACUUACUGUUUCAUUGUGACUGACAGAUGCAUUGCAAGCUUCAGCUACUAUUGAAGGGUUUUAAAAACACCCGUUUGUGGUGGGUACAUGCCUCUGACACAUUUCUAUUUAUAUUAACUACAUUACUACAAAUCUUAUCUGACCUCUGGUUAGAAACUCCUUGGAAAACAAAUGUAAACACUUCAAGAAGCCUGUUCCUUCUCAGUUAUGUAAUUCAAUUGCUUCUCUACUUAGCCUGGAAAUAUAUAGUGGAUUCUGCCAUACAUUUAGCUCUGAGAUGGGAUCAGCUCUCAUUGCCUGUGACAGUAGAGUUACUAACUAUUUGAUUGGCCCCAGCUCCAAUACCUUAAACAGCAGCUUUGCCUGCAGGCAUUAGCAGGUGGUAUAGCUGAUCUCCAUGGGGUGAAGUGUUGCUUGCAGACCAAGUUGAGGAUGGGAGGCAGAAGAGCAAAAUUGGCCACUACUUUCUAGUCAUUUAGCAGGUCGACUUGACAAGGCCAUUACCAAAUGGGUGACUACUUGGUAAAUGAUCUUGGAUGUAGGAACUGACAUGGCUUUUGCAUGUUGCUUGGCUUCCCCAGCCAUUGGUGUUUUGCAAGACAUUGAGAAUUUAUGCUCUGUUGCUGACAGUAAUGGCAGGAGUGUAAAUAUGUACAUCUCUCUAUGCCUUUAAUACUCCUCAGUUGCUCCUCAUUCUAGAGCAUAUCAUUGAGCGCAGUGCUUUGGUGCGUCAGCAUUUCAUACACAUAGAUUAUACUGAUGCAACCUCCAUGCUGUCAUUGUCAUUCCUGGAAAGAGAUUAAUGUAGUGAUUAAUCUAUGUGAGCUUUGGGGAAAAAAGCAAUUCAACUUUAUCUAUGUUUAAAUCCUUGGUUUUUCGCAAGCAAAGUAUUUUUGGGAGGAGUGGGAAUGUUAAGUAUUCUGUUUGCUAUAUGCUAAUAUAAACCACAAGUUUAGACAGCAUUUGCUGGGGGAGCUUUAUGAUAUUUGGGCCCCCUUUUUGGCUACAUUUCGUUCUCAAGGACAAGUUUACAAGAAACUACACUGAAGUCAUGAAACCUGUCUUAGCUUCAAGGCAGCAGGUUAUGAAGCUCAUGUGAAGGAGUGAUAUUUGCAGAUUAUCUCAUGCUUUAAAACAUACAAUCAGGAUACAUUCUGAUUCAGUAUUACUCAGAUUCUAGUGCCAGUUUAACUAGUGAAAAAAUGCAGGCUCCUAACUGCUGCCACCAUUUCAGCUGCAAGAGCUGAACAGCUUAUUCCUGUUUAAAUGCUCACCAAAACUGGGUUUUAAACUGAGUUUCAUAAAAUACUUAAUUGUAAAGCUGGAUUUUAUGCCACCUGCUGGAUUUCUCUUACAAAAUGCAUAACUUUUUUUAUAUACAACAACCUGAGAUCCAAGCUGGGUGUCUGAUGGACCAAUAUGGAUUUCUACCUGCUUGAUUGCUACAGCAGAUGAUGUAGUCAGGUUGAGAGGUCAGGGUUGUUCCCCACUGGGAAUGUUGACUCCUAUAGGACAGAACUAUGUAGCUCUGCCCCAUGGGUCAUGUGAAAUCCUUGCAGGCAAAAAAUAUCUAAUUACUUGCCUACAAUGGAAAAGGAUUGGGCAGGAUCUCGUCCUAUGUUCAGACUGUGCGUAUACUUUGGUGUGAUACACUGCGUCAUUUCAGGGAGAGUCAGCUGCCGGUCUAGGGUGUUUUGGUGGCUGCAGAUCUCAGGUUUCUUGCAUGGCUGGCAAAUUGUGUUUUGUUCUGUUUUUUCCCCCCUAGCAUAUUGGUUAGCUUUUCUUGACCAGAUUACUAUAGCCUUGUAAUAUAUUAGCAAUUGCAAGUGCCUUGGGCACCAGUCCCCAUUCAACAUUUGAAAGUGUGUGUUCAUGUUGUGAAGAUAUGCAUGAGUAGAUGUAAGAGAUCCCAGUGCUGAAGUCUGUCCCAGUCUACGUGCAUUUCUUGCCAGUUGGCCUUGGUACAGAGCACAUAGAAGGACAUGCAGGAAGCUUUUCCAAGCCGUAUGAGUGUUGCUAUAAUCUUGAUCUUUUCUUCUGUCCCCUCCCUGGAAGGCUUUCCCAGUGUUCCUCUCCAUGAUUUGCUGGCUGGUUGCAUAUCACUGUUUUUCUUUGUGAUAGUCUUGGUAGCCUGAUCCUUAAAAAAUUGCCACUUUUUGCUAGGUAGAAGGGACCAAGUAAGGUAGAAUCAAAAUAAACCAUCAACUGCUUCAGCCGUUGCUAGAGUUUCACAAUUUUAUAUAUAUAUAUAUAUAUAUAUAUAAAUCAAAGGGCAGUCUUUCUGAAGAUUUUGAGCAUUUCCUGAAUGCUUUGUUAUCAAAUGCUUCCUUUUUCUUCUUCAUAUUCUGGUUUCCCUGAUACCUCAUCUGAGUAUAGCUGGGAAUCCCAUUUUAAGAAACGAGCGCACAAUAUGUUAAAGUGAACAGAAAACAUUAGCUUAAUCUUGUUUAAAAUUCCUGCAGGUGCAAGGAUUUGUUGGCAGAACUGACUGCCAGCUUCCAAUUACAGCCUGACAUGACUCCUCCCCCAAAUGCUGCUCCUCAGGAAUGGGGGGCUCUCAGGAUUAAUUUGGGGGAGUCAAAGAUUUGCUAUGGGCGGAGAACAUUGGUGGAAAUCACCUCCCUGAUGUAUAUGGAAGCUUUAGAUGGAAUUAACCCACAAAAAUAAUAGAACCUACUUGGGUGUAAGCUAUAGAUUUUAUCCAUAUGCUUUUUUUUUUUAGGGGACUGCAGUCAUAUGUUUGGGAAUGUUACCUACUAUAAGAACCAUGCUUAGAAACUCUUUAAAAUGAAACCAAAGGAAAAGCUUUUCCUAGUUUGGGCGAGGGAGAUACGAAUUUACCUGGCUUUCAGGAUAAUGUUACAUUUGCUUUUCACGGUAAACCUGUGGUAUGAAACCCUUUUUUGUUUGUUUGUUACGGUUGGAGCGUUCUAUGUAUCUUCACCAGUUUGUGUUAAUAAUGUUUAUAAUGUUUGCCAGACAUUUGCUGUAAUACUUUUCUCUUUUCCUUGAUGCAUACAAAAUAGCUACUAUGAAUCUCUUAGGAUGAUGAGAGUGUCCGUUGGCUAAUAGCAAUGAUGGGGAUGAAGCCAAAUUGUUAAAAAUCCAGUUGGGUUCCAAAUCCUCAAAACAUUUUUUUCAUGACCAAACGGGCAAUCAAAUGUUUUCCUUGCAAGCUCAGUCUGAAAAAUGGAUUUCACAGAGGAUGUGAGGUGGAGAACCACAGGUACGAAAGAAUUCCAUUGUCCAGUGAUGUUUUCCUUUCUGUAUUUUAUAGUGGGGGAAAUGCUGGUGGAAUGUGUGCUUUUUCUUCAGUGUAUUGUCAGUGUUGCUGUUCACGAUUAUAGAUAUAUUGUAUUUCAAAACUGAGUUAGUGGGUUGGGUACAUAAAGGCUGCUAAACGAAUAAACAGGACUUUUCACAUUCAACGUUCCAACAGAAAAAUAAUUCUGAGUUUGAAUAGAAGGUACUUAUAUAUAUUUUUCACAUGGGAAAAGAAGCUUCCCGCGUACAGGUUUCCCCAUAAUUUCUCUAUACAAUCCCCCGAUCAACAGCUAAAUAUUGUUCCAUAGUUGCUAUCUGUGUAUCAGGUUUUCUGAACUCCGUUUCAUUUUUUUAAGUCUCCAGCCUCUUUCAGUGUAAAAUAAGCCUUUCCCCAUAUUCCUCCACAACAAAAGCAGUAGAAACUUUAUUUAAAAAGAAAAUGAGAGAGAAUCUGAUGUACAGAUUAGAGCAUUAUAACAAUAUUCAAUUGCUUAUUUUUAACAGGCCAUUGUUGGUGGAGGGAGGAAAUGGCAACCUCAGUAAUAGGCAGGAAAAAUGACUGAUAUGCAGGUGGGACUGGAGGAAAUCCAGACUUUCCCACUCACACAGCUGUCAUCCGGGCUUUGCUGUGAUUUUCCUUUAAAAAAUGGAGCAAACCAACUUUGGGAAAGAUUGGAGAAAAGCCAGAGAAGCAUCAACCAAGUGCAUGAAUGACUACAAUGUUGUGGAGAGAGUUGGGAAGCACUUCCUAACAGCAUGAAAUCCAGGGCAUGUGGAAACAGCUUUAAUUCUUUAAAACUGAGAAGCUUAACAGCUUGAUCCUCUAUUGGACUUAGUUUUUUUGGUACAUAUGAUUUAGUCCAUUUAAUGAACUUCAUUCUGAUUUGAGGGUAUGGUAAGGGUGACCACCUCCAUAAAGGUAUUGAAAGUCUGCCUGUGGUUUUAUCCUAUGAUGUUAACAUUUUAAUGUUGACCUGUGUAAUGCUAAUUUAAUGCAUUAACAAAAUAUUCUGUACAAAAAUGGUGGUGAGCGAUUGUAAAUUUUUAAUAUUUUUGCUGAUUUAAAAAAUGUUUAAUGGA